CUGAAGGUGAAUGCUUUGGUCGUUUUGUCAAAAAUGUACUGACCGAAAGCGCAGACCUCAGUCGGAUGGGGAACUUACGGGCACUUUCCAUGCGUCAUUGAAAUACGUAAUUUGGAAUGUUUUUGAAGGAGGAGUUAGAUUAGUGACAGACGCUUGACUUGGCCAAUCAUAGUGAGUUACGACGACAUGGCUUGUUUAUUUUAGGGUAGCGUGUCACACGUAAUGCUCAUUCACUCUACUACAACGACGACAACAACAUUGAAGAUAUGGAGACGCUACUCAACAUGUGAGAUUUUCGAAGUUCGAAGAAAUACAUUAGAGGUGGAAAAUGAAGCCUUUACAUACAGUUCAGCUGAAGACGGAGUGUAGUCUAUUUGUGGCUUUUGACGAAGAAUAUCUGAAUACGUGAGGAAUAAAUGUAAUUGUUGAUCGGGAAAAUGGCUUCGCGUGUUAGUACUAUGAGGAGUUCUCAUCGUAAUACGAUGGAGAGGUUUGGCGACGGAGGUAUGGCACUUAUACCGUGGACGAAGCAGAUACUGACGGUACUCUGGGAAAACCUUCGGCUGUUGGUCCAGGUCAUUUACUACAGCUGCUUGUCAGUUUUCCAGAUGUUCAGGUUUGAAGUCCAUUUGAGAAUCACGGACGAGACUGGUCAACACGUCCAACACAUGACCACGGCAGCAAAUCCAGCCGAAUCCUUUCUCUUCUCGUCAUUGUUUGACAGUGACCAAAGCAUUAUGCUUGCUGGCUCUAACCCCUUAUCGAAUUUCUGCGGAGACGUGGGCGAAAACUUCUCUGGGAAUUCUCACGCAGGUGCUCUUCUAUCCAGCCUGAGGGCUGAGGAUCUGUGCUGCGGCUUGGUGGACGACUUCGUGUCCCGUGCCACGAUGGAUAGCGACGAUGGACUUUGCCUUGGACACCACCCAAGCUGGAAACUUGGCUUUCCAGGGGAUUGGAAUCUGUUUGUGAGCAGCACUGACCACAGCUCCAGUGCAGGUGAUAUGUGUGGCGAGAACGUUUUUGACACCGUGGAGGGGGAUACAGAUCUUAACUGGGGGAAGGACAGUGAGAGAAACACAAACGAAUUUGACAACGAGGACAGUAAAGCACUUUGGGAGUCCCUGUCAAUAUCCAGUGACCCCUACAACCCCUUCUCUUUCUCUGCCUGCAUUUCAACCUGCUCCAAUAUGGGGAAGUCAAUAAAUGAAGAUUGUGAGGGCAGUGGGCCCGGGGAAGCUUUUCAUGAGACCCCUGGUGGCUUGAACUUCUGGGCCAGUCGUUCAGACAGCGAGAGCAGCUGGGGCAGCUCUGAUGGCUCAUGCGCAGACCUAGACAAAGAGGAGAGCGAGAGGCUCUGGGAGCUCUUCACCAAUCCGGCCGAUCCAUACAACCCAAUGUGUUUCACAGCUACUGUAGAAAGCUCAAUCCCACACACAGUCAGAGCAACUACAUACUCCCAAGAGCCAGAAACGUUCUCAACCCUAACCACGUGUUCUGACACAGAGACCGUGGACACUUUCUCCUCAGAGCCAGAAACGUUCUCAACCCUAACCACGUGUUCCGACACAGAGACCGUGGACACUUUCUCCUCAGAGCCAGAAACGUUCUCAACCCUAACCACGUGUUCUGACACAGAGACCGUGGACACUUUCUCCUCAGAGGAUGAUGUGGAGGAGAAGCUUUGGCGGUCCCUGUCCCAAAACCAUGACCCUUAUCACCCUCUGAACUUCCGUGCCUGCCUCCAGACAUCUCCUAUAACUGAAGACCCACCUGUUUUUAGAAAAGGCGACCCACUCGCCCUACAGAGCUGCCCCACACCGGCAGCACACAACCAGGGAAAGCAAAGAGACUUUGUGGCAGAAAGCCCCCGAGCACCCAUUCCCAGAAGGCCUCUUCUGCCCAAAAAGCAGCGGAAGCAGCACUCCCACCCAGCUACUACAGUGGUGCCCUGGAGGAGACCCGAAACUGAAGCGACAAAGCAGAAGGACAGCCAAGCUCAGAAAAAGGUGCGGUUCUCUCCACUGGUCCAAGUCCAUGUGAUGCAUACUUGGCCCUUUGCUCGUCAGGCAUCUCGCAAAGGCCCAUGGGAAGAGCUAGCCCGUGACAGAGACCGUUUCCGAAGGAGAAUCCAGGAAACUGAGCAGGCUAUUGGCUACUGCUUCAGUCAAUCACACAGAGAGAAGAUUCGGGCCAAUCUCUAAUUCACGAACUCUCAACCUAAAUGUUUUACCAUCAUUUUCUAACGAGAACUUUUGAUUGGUUGCAAUGCAACACAUGUUUAUAGGUCAAUUAUUUAUGAAAAGAUGUUGGUCCUAUACUUAGGACCAUAGAAUUUGCUAACAAAUUCUUCAUGCACUGUACCUCAACACUCAUAUGCGACUGUUGCACUGAUUUCAUAUUGCAUAUAGUUAUUAACCUCAAACUGAAUGUUUGUAAUAUUAUUUUGUAUGCCUUGCAGCCUGACCCAGCAAUCUAAUUUAUUAAUGCCCUAUGGAGCUGGUUUUUGUAUUGUUGUAAUAGGUAUCUGUUUGAAAUGUAAACUCAGAUCAGUGGUGUUUAGAACUAACAUGAUUAAUUAGCAGGUGCUAUCUGUGGUCAUACCGUAGCUAAUAAAUAGUAGUUUCACACCAUAA